AUGAACGUUUGUAGUCCUGGGAACUGGAGAGCUGGGCUUGGAUUGUUUCAGAGGAUGGGCGAGCAUCGGCAGGCGGAGACCGCAAUCACCCGUUCCACUCUGCUCCUUGUGGCUGGGGGCCGCCAAGACCGCUGGCGCCACGCCUUCGGGGAGGGCUUCCGCAGCAUGCGCGGAAUGGGCCCCGCGCCGAGGGUCAUUGCCUGCAGCAGCGCUCUCAGCGCCUGUGAAGACGCAGAGAGGUGGGCCGAGGCUUUGGACCUCCUUGGGGUGAUGCAGGCGGAUGGCCUCUCGCCAAAUGUGUUUAGCUUCAGCAGUAGCAUCAGCGCCUUGGAGAAGUGUGCGUGCUGGAUCUUGUCGCUGGAUCUCUUGCGCCAGAUGGAGGGCCGAACUGUGCUUCCUAACGAAGUCAGCUUCAGCGGAGUGGUUGGCGCUUGUGAGAAGGCUGAGGGUCUCGCCUCGCACGGCCGCGGUACCGAGCUCCUCCCCACUCUGUCUCGGUCCUCGUGA